AUGGUCCGCGUGGUCUCGUGCCGGAGCAAUCGAGAACGCGGCGUUAAGGCGACGCCGAGCGCUUGGAUCCGCGCAGACAGAGAAGGCCAGUCCAAGCAGACGUACCAGAAUGCUGUCCUGUUUGUGCUCAACAACCACCGCUUCCCCAAGUGGCUCUACAGCUACGACAGCAGCGUCACCAGGACUCAGCGAGAGAUGACGCACCACCUGGUCGUCUACGUCUGCCAGCUCACAGGGACCAGCUCACAGUCUGGAGAGAUCGACGUCGCGGUACUGGCUCGACACGAAUCUCCAGGUUUCUCCCUAAUUUCCUACCGCCGAUCCGGCAACAAUGGCCGCGACGCUGGAUGCGAGCAGCCUGCUAUCGACGCGGACGCUAGCACCAAGUUCACCGCAGUAGCGUCCGACUCAAUGGAAGUUGAUGCAGUCGGGUGGACGUCGGCUGAGGCUCCGACUGAGGAACACAAACAGUUCGAUAAAUGGGCCUUUCCACGACCAGUUCCCGGUACUGCGGAAGAUGAUAUUUCGCUCAAGGACCUCAAACGUACCGAGGCAGACAGUAAAAAGCUACUGAAAUCGAGUCAACGGAGCGAGAAUUCGCUUCUAUUCGAGUGGCCGCGUAUCUAUUUCUACGUGCAGUGUCGUCCCACACCGUUCAACGCCUUCUGCUGUCGGCAUCUUCUGUCAGAAGUCGGCUGUGUGAAUUUAACCGUUAACGACGACGCCUCCUGGUUGGCGCUGCGAUCUGCUAUGUCGACGUCCACAUCAGCUCCAAUGACACUUAUAACAGACGGGAAUCUGCAUUUGUUUCGAGUUCUACCUAGUGGUACUCCGUCCAUGAUCGCCACGACAGGAGGAUGGGUCAUUGGCGACUACACGGCUACGUUCUCGGAAGUCGGGCAUUCGUUGGAGGUUAACCUUUAUAGCUAUGCCGAAGAGGAGGCCGAAGGUGCUCACUUGACACAUUUAACUUCCCAAGAGACACAUUUAACUUCCCAAGAGAGCGUGAAUGUGCGUCGAGUGAGUUUGUCGAUUCGACUGGAAGAAAAGAAAAACGAAAUUGCCGCCGAGUUGACUCGCCACAAGAUGCUGAUCGCUUUAGUGCGUGGAACAGUCUACGGAUCAUCGCUAUCGCUACCGCUAAAUGAGUGUAAGAAUGGAUUUAACCUGUCCGAGAGAUCAGCCGUCGACCGAGCUGCGAUCUGGAGCGAGGUGGAGUGGACGGCCUGGUGGGAGUUCAAAGCUGACUACAUCGCCAUGGCUCGCUCCUACUCGUAG